AUGGAUACCCCGAGCAGCUUCCCACACGACUACCCCGGCAAGCCUUCGGGCGACUUCAGUCCGGCAUGGCAGACGUACUUUGAGGUCACUGAACCUCUGCCUGGGGUGAACUUUGCGCUCCCGCGCAGCUUCGCGGGCAACGUCGGCGUGGAUCGUGCGGGGCACCUGAACAACACGCUCUUCUUUUGGGCGUUCGAGCGCGAAAACGGCUCGUUGACGGCCUCUGCGGGCGAUCGCGCAAACGAACCUUGGGGGAUCUGGCUCAACGGCGGGCCGGGGUCAUCGAGUAUGCUUGGGCUUGCGUACGAGAACGGCCCGAUUCACUUGGACCAGAACCAAAAGCCAUCCAAGAACAACUUCAGCUGGGACCAGCUCGCGGACUACGUCUGGGUCGAUCAGCCUGUCGGAGUCGGCUGGUCGACAACUGACUCUGAUGGAUACGUUGCCGACGAAGACCAGAUGGGGACUGACUUCAUGGGCUUCCUUUCCAACCUCGUGAAGGUGUUCCCGAGCUUGGCGACACGCCCCCUGCACUUGACAGGCGAGAGCUACGCCGGAACGUACAUCCCAUACAUCAUGAAGGCGUACUUCCAGACGCCGAACCCUCCUGUCAAGAUCGCCAAGUUUGUUAUCGGCGACGGGACGGUCGGCUCCGGCAUCGUCUUCAAUGAGGUCCCCACACUGCAAAUCAUCCAGACCUAUCCACAGCUGAUCAACUACGACCCUGGCGCGUACGAGUUCUUCGCUGAGCAGUUCCACCUCUGCGGGCUAGACCUCAACCUCACCUACCCCCAGACCGGCGGACACUUCCCGACGCUCAUCAACCAAACUCCGGACGCCCCAGCCGCGCGCAGGUCCAAGUACCACCCUGGCGAAGGACGCUUGGGCGAACGUGAAAGCGAGGGCGAAGCGCGCGGACCCGUCGCGGAGGGGCCGCAGGGUGUGAUCGACCCGUGGUACGGGUGCGAUGUGUGGGACGAAAUGGUCGACUACGCGCUCAACUUCUCGAUGCCGUGGGAUGCAGAACAAGGGUUUGACGUCUACCGGAUUGAGGACGGGCUCAACCCCGAGUUCCCCCUCGACGGCUCGGCGUUCUUCAAUGACCCUCAAGCGCGCGCUGCCGUACAUGCGCCGACGAGCAAGAACUGGCGGUCCUCGAUCUUCUACCCCUUCCUCGGCGACCCCGAACGCGGCGAAGACCCCAGUCCUGAACCGAUGGUGUUCCUGACGGACCUCGCGACGAACGCGAGCGCGCAGGGCAUCCAAGUCGUGCUGUACUCGGGCAACGACGACUCGCUCGUCGCGCACCGCGGGACUGAAGUCGUCAUUCAGGAGCGCAACUGGACGUACGUCCUCUUCCUCCACGCGGGCCACCUCGUCCCCCAGGGCGCGCCCGCCGCCGCGCGCGUCUUCCUCCGCGAGUUCGUGCUCGGCGCGAACACGACCGGGCUCGUCACGUCCGCGGACGGCGCCGCGGUGGGCGGGGAGGACGCAGCGCUCGGCGCGUACGCGGUUCGCGGCCAGGCUGGGAUCGAGGUCGGGAGCGUGACGCCGACGGGCACGGUGACAUUCGCGAGCGCGACGGUUGCGGCGUGGGAUGCGUUCAUCGGCACUGCGACGGUGGGGACGGGGACGGCGGCUGGGCCCGCGACUACGCACAAGGCGACGGGGGGCGCGGUGGGAGGAGGUGGAGGAGGAGCGGUGGGUGCUGCGGUGCUGGCGUGGGCCGCGGCGGUGCUAUCCGGGUUCGCGUUCAUGUGA